CUCUGAUUCAGGGGCAGAAAAAUCACUCCUCAGUCACACGACUGCAGCUCCCAUAUAUACACACAGCCGUUAUAGACUAGUAUCUGUUUAUAAUGUGUGUAAUAUAGUAAUAUAAUAUCCACUAACGCUCAUAUAACGACUGAAGCACAGGAAAGUCUAAGAGCAUCAGUGUGUUUAUUUUCCGUCGAGUCACCCGUUCACUUUCAGCACAUAAGCUCGGACCCUGUGCUCAUACCCAUGGUGGGGGAAGUAGUCAAUGGAGGACACCACCCUCAAGCAGCCUACAAUGGUUUCCAGAUUACCAAAAUUUGGCUCUCGUGCUACACCUGCUGCUGGACCCUUAACCAAUGGCUCAACCCAUAAUGUUUCUUUUGGAUGGGCUAAAGGAGUACCCGUAGGAAAGCAGAACGGCAUGAUUAGUGUCUCUGCCCCCUUUCCUUUGAAGGGGAGGAAGGGGAGGGAGGAGUGUGGAGAGAAAGUUUCAGAUUCAAGAGAAGAGGCUCGAGUUGUCCGUUCUCAGCAGCAGCCACGCUCUGCAGUUAGGCAAAUCAGGAAGCCCUCAGCUGCCCCUGUGGUUAAAACCCAACGUUCCAUUCCUCCUGUACCAAGUACCAACCAUAGGACGAUUACUCAACCCAUAAAAACAAAUCCACGUAAUACCGUCCCCAAACAGCCGUCACCCAUCCAGCCACUGUGCAACAAAAUUGGUCCGGCUAUAGUCGCAGCUAGCCAGGGCUCUUCCUCCUCUCCCCAGGGAAGUCUACAGAGCAGCCUUUCUCACUCUAGUGAUAGCCUGAAAUCCCUCUCUGUGGAGAAUGUUGUGCGAUCUCAAAGCUUCUCUUAUUCAAAGACGCCUGAAGCCACCACUAACCCUCCUCUGACACGUUCCAUAUCAUUUAACCGGGCAACAGAGUUAGCAAAAGAGCUGCCCAGGCCACUGGCACAGUCUCCGGUAGCCAGGUCUCCUGUCACACAGGCCUCCAUGGUGUUAGGUCAUGUAUCAAAGCCUGCAACAAGUACAUGUACCAUCUCCUCCAUACCACCAUCAAUGUUGAAGAAAUCUCUUUUGCCUAAUUGCACUGAUGGCAAACCAUCAUUACUUAGCUAUAAGCUAACGCGAUCAUCACUCAUCAAGCAACCCCGCACAGUUACACCGGUUAAAGUCCAAGGGAAGAUGCAAUUUACAGAGCGGGAUAGAGAAAAAUCUACACCCAUUUCUGAACCAUCCAGCAACACACACAGUGCUGGAACUUCUCCUGAGGAACCCUUUUCCACCAAGGAGGCAAGUGACAGCCAAGGUCAGUCUCUGGAGAUCUUGGAGGACAUGUCUUUAUCGUCCACAUCCUCUCUGGAACGUAAUGAUGUGAGCGAAGAAUACAUGGAUGACUUUGAUGACUUGGGACACGGAGCUGGAAUCCUGCUCAUGCCUGUUAAUGAAGGAAAAAAUGACCGAUUUGGGCUUUUCAAGGAGAGUAACACGCUUGCCCUUCAUUGUGAGGAGGGGUCAUCAGCAGCGAGCCUGCACAGCUUUGUGUCUGAGACAGUAGACUGGGCUGACAUAGGCUUCGAAGGUAACAGGGAGGUGGAUGAUGCCUCACAUCGCCUUGGUGCUCGAGCACUGUCUGCAGACAGAGAUUUACUGCACGGCUCCUCCCUGGAGCUUUCUCCUUCAGACAGCUCCGGAGGAACUUACAUGUGGGAUGAGGAGGUUCUGGAGCCGAUCGGACGGACCACACAACUCUGUCGAAGCUAUGAGUCCAACCUUAACAGCAUGGACAUUCUCAAUAAAUUGGACAACUUGGACUCUUGUGAUUUGGAGGAGGAUGACCUCAUGCUGGAUGUGGACCUGCCUGAAGAUGUCUCUCUCCACAGUGAUGUUGAGGUAGCGUCCCAUUAUGAUCACUCAGAGAGUGAUUACUGGCCAUGGAGAAAACGACAGCAGUGCAGAACGGAGCAGCUACACUACGAGGGAAGCAGGGACGGAGUUCUUGAGGCGUUUGAUAACGGUCACACACUGGACUUGAGCAGGAGAGGAUCAGGAGAUUCGUCUCUGGAUGAGUUGAUGCUGGAGCACAUGGCCCAGGACUGCUUGUCUGUUAAAGAACAGCUGUUUCAUCUGAGGACACUGCUGCAGUUUGAAGAGGAUGGAUCAGUUGGUGAAGCUGAGCAUUUAGUGUCCAGUCCGUCCUCUGAAGAGCCAAGUUAUCAAGUGGAUGACCUGUUGAAAGAGGUGCAGAAGCUAAGAGAAGAGCUCCGAGGGAAAGAUGCCCUGAUUUCUAAACUCACUCAGCAGCUGUCAGCUCCUGUAGACGUGACACAGUGCGUCUGCCAGCAGGGGGAGCUGCAGACACCCGAGCGUCAGGACAAGAGCACUCAGACCCCAUGGAGAGCACAGACUCCUCAGAUACUACAGCCUUCCCAUCCCUCAGCCAGCGAGCACAAAAAGUUGGAAAGAGCAACACGCCCAUCCCGCUCAGAGGUCCGCAGUGACCACGUGGAUGCCCAGCCUGGUAAUGGUCCGUUAAAGCCCCAGGCCUGCACUGUAGUUUUCCCCGUUUCUGCCACCAGUAAUGCCACGCUUCCCUCGUCUGUGCCCACUACUGCCCCUGCUGUUAGUGCCGCUGCUGCCUCUUUGUCCUCCAGCACUCUGAACUCAGAUAAUCUAAUCCUCCUGCUAAACACCCAUCUCAGAAUCGAUGAGUCACGCAGCCCCAGGGCUCACGUCGGUAACUACACCCAGCUGAGCAGGACGAAUCAACAACCCAGUGACCAUCACUCAUUCAGCAGAGACAGGAAAGCUCCUGUUCUCAUGAAAUCCAGAGGAAGUGAGCAGGUUGGCUUUCGACGAGGAGCACGAGGUGCAUUUGGUGCUCACCUGGGUUUCAGUGGUCCAUCCAGGACCAGACAUUUGCCCCCUCCCUCCCGUGGCCUACCCUGCAUCAGCUCAGCAUCACAGUCCAGUCUAAUUCCAUCUACACUCAACUCAGGCAUCAGAAUGAUCUCAGCUCCUAGAGACGAAGAGAUCAGGGCUCAAGAUCUUUCCAAUGCCUGUAACUCUCGCCUCCCUAAGCCAAAGAGCCAUUAACCCUUUCCCUCUGCUCCUCUAUGCCUCUCCUCUUAUUUCUUCCUCUCCUCCUCUACAGCUCAAUCAGUACCCGAAGUGUUUGAUCUGCUUAGGCUCUAAACACACGGUUCAGGGCAGAUCUCUGUGUUAUUAGUGCGUUAGCAGUUCAGCAAAAACUCAUGAAUGAAAGUGAAUAUAAAUAUAUAUAUACAUAUUUAUACUAACAAUAAAAAUCACAAAAAACACAGAGAUCAAUUUCAAAUUGAACCAUUUCAAAUGCCGGUGAUGUGGCCAGGAGGCUGGAGAGUGUAAGUGGCUGUGUGUGUGAGUGGGGGGACUUUACUCCAUCACCUGCCAAUCACAAUAACACUAUUGUGUUGUACAGAGCUCAUGUAGGGCAGAUAGCACUUUCCUUUAAAAAAAGAAAUUUCCCACUGUCUGUAGCCGGUGAAAUCUGAAAGCUUUGGGUAAAAGUCCUCUUUAUUCAGUGCAUUAUAUUUUGAAAGGCUAUUGACAAUCCCUUUAUUGCCUUUAAAUCUUCAGAAUGCUAAUAAAUUUAAUUGGAAUGAACAUUUGACCUGAGCUCUCCAUUCUGACUAGUGCAGAACAGACAAGAUAAUAACGACAAUCUAGAAGAGAUGAAUAUUUUCCAUAUUAUUAAACAGCGAAAACUCUAAAACAUCAUCAUAAACCUGCUAAUCGAUGGAACAGUUGGUAGUUUGAUGGUCUUUAUUUUUUUUAAUGUAGGCGAGGUCCUGUUGGACUCGUGUGUACAUGUUGUGUAGAAGAUGUUCGUUGUGUAAGAGCUGUGUGAACCCACCCCACGUUGCCCUUUAAAAAGAACAACAUACAUUUUUACUGUUCUGGUCACAUCCGUUUGUUUCUCAGUGUUGAGUAGGAGAGAGAGAGACGGUGUGAUUUGCUACUGUAAUUAGUAACUGAUCAAUAAAUCAGCGCACUACUUUUCUUGUCCUGCAGGGACGUUAACUCUUUUUCGGUUACGAGUGAGUGUGUUCACACUCUGAUGCUUCGUUAUGUACUCAGUGUUGUAAAUGAUUCUUCUUCAUCAAAACACAACAAGUUUAUCCAGAAUGGAAAUAGAGGAAAAAAUUAUUUCAGAUGAGCUUCAAAGUACAGCCGAGUAGAUGCACUAACACAAUGGGUCCUGCUAUUUUCUGUGCUUCGUAAAGAACCUCCCUCUGUGUGUGUGCACGCGAGUGUGUGUGUUUGUGUGUGCAUGAGUGUGUGGGUGAGUGAGUGGGUGUGUUCCAGUGUGUGUGUGAGUGUAAGUGUGUGUGUGAAUUUGAGUGUGUGUGAGAGUUUGAGUGUGAGUUUAAGUGUUUGUGUGUCUGUGAGUGUGUGAGAGUGUGUGAGAGUGUGUGAGUGUGUGUGAGUGUGUGUGAGUGUGUGUGAGUGUGUGUGAGUAUGUGAGUGUGAGUUCGAUUGUAUGUGUGUCUGCACGAGUGUGUGUGUAUUUGCCUACAUGCUGUGUGUGUAUGUCGGCCCUUGUGUGUGUGAUGGUGUUACCGUCAGUCAGUCAGCCCCUGAGAGUCAGACCAAACCUAUCAGUACAGAUAUGUUACAUCAUGAAUGAGAGUAAAUUCUGAACAGAUUAUUAAUAAGAGCUGCAGGAGUGAUGUGAAGUGACACUUACUCAAAGACCUGCUCGCAAAACAUCAGUACAUUUCUCUUCAUCAUUACAAGCUUUAUAUAAUACACUGAACAUGUAAUCUGCUCCUGUAGCUGUCAUGUUAGUCUAAUGAUUCAGUUACAAGAAAAUGUCUUAUACACACUACACACACUACACGCACACUCAACACAAACACACUUCACACAACUACCAAGCUUUCUAUGCAAGAUUUUAUUUAGUUGAGCUUCCUGGAAUUCUUCACAUGCUAUGAGUGUGUUAUUUGUACACACACACACACACACACACACACACACACACACACACACAGCUUAUUCAUUAAUGUAACUACAAGCAGAUAAAGUGUUCUUCUUUAAUAAAUAACUUGUAACCAUUUCCAAGUCCCUCCUCUUCUGAAGGAGACGAGAGUCUGAAUCAGGCGUCUGACCUCCACAUCUGAGGAUCAAACGCAGUUCAGAUGAACACCAGCUGUGGUGUGUGUUAUCUCAGUGAAGAGCGCUCGUGAUGUUUCUAAUUACUGAAACUCAGUAGUACAGAGAUGUCUCUCAGCGUGCAUCAGCGAGCGCAGAUUAAAUCUCUCACUGUAAAUCCUCAAAUCCUGCUGUAGGAGAGCCCCACACACACACCACACACUCAAUCUUUCAGAGAGAGGACAUGAAGUUCUGCUCUGUCUUAAUGACGUGAAGCCUGAUGUCAGUGGAAGAGAAUAAGCUAACAAUGAGAACACACACGCACACACACAAUAAACUUAAACACAAACAAAGUAAAGAACAUAAUGUAUGCUUUAAUGAAGCAAUUCACCACUGAAGAAAAGCUUUCUUGAAUUGAAUUGACUGAAAAUCUAAAUGUUGUUGCUUUUCAUUAGAAUUUUCCUAAUUUCAAAAUGUAUUUUUUUUAAAACACGCUGUUUAGUAUUUGUUAGACUUUAGCACUUCAGUACUCAGAUUUUAUCCUGGUUUGUUGUGAAACCAUUUUUUUCACUUUCCUCACAUCGUGCUGCUGUUGAAUUCUCAAUUCUGAUUGGUCAGAAGGUGUUGAUUUCAUUUUGUCCGAAUUUCUAUUAACGCACUUGUUCUAAUACGUUAUCGUUUCUAUAGUAACAGCUCAUCUGCCAGAACGUGUGCAGCGCACUCUCUGCAGAGUAUAAACAGAAAAAAAAAGGUGUAGAAUUGUUGCUAUUUUCUGAGGAGAUUUCUUUGUGUCUUGAGGUAAAGCUGGAAAGUUCUUCCACAUUUUCAGGACAGAGGAGUUUACGCUUCUUUGCGGUUUCUCAGUAACAUAACACGCUGAGAUUUUUUUUUUGUCUUAUUAAUUUGAAGAAUAACUGUUCCUGAACUGACUGCUGAGGGAAUGAGUUUCUAGCUGCUAUAACAGAUGUGACAUUCAACAUUAAAUGUACCUACAAAUGGAUUUAAAAAAAAAAACAAAAACAACAACCAAUAUUUUGUGUUAUUUAAUACAUUUUAAAAUUUUUGACCUCAGUAUAAGAGGAAUAAAUCACUGACUGAUGUGCUGCUAUAGUAAUUGUUUUUCAUGGUAUUGGUGCGAAACUGUUUACUGUUCAGCGAAACCCUUUCGCGGGUGAGGUCUAGUUUCAGCUACUGCUUCAGACAUUUCCGGUAACAAACGUCAGCUUUUUUGUUGCUCAGAAACCUUUCUGACGCUCCUUCCACACUGCAGCCCUGUUGGACUCACGUGUCACGGUUGCCACAGAUGAGGUUUUAUUACUCUGUAAUUUAUUAUUUAUGAUUUAAUUUCUUCAACUUUCUAUAAUUUCUUCUUUCUGCACCCACAAUGGAGCUAUGUUUAAAAAAUAUCCAUACACAUGUAGGUGGGGCCUGAGGUUUGUGAACAGUACCCCCCCCCAAACACACACACAUAUACAUGUAUCAACUCCUCAUAUCUGAUGUAAAUGCUUAUGGUACAUGUUUGCUUUGGCUGCAGCAGUUAAGACCUCGCUGUAGAACUGCGUAGUAAUCGUCUCACCAUCAUAAAAAUGCCUACAUCACUCGCUAUAUAACGUGACCUAAUGGUAUACAUGACUGUAUUGUCUGAUAUCAUCUAAUAAUAACAACAAAUAUCAGCAAAUCACACAAAUAAACAAAAUAAUAACCACAAAACGAUCUGUCAGUAUUAGUGUCGUCUGUUCUCUAACAGCAUGCAAUCGAACCGUCAUUCUUCUGUUUAACACGUGGCAGGAUGCUGUAUGAUGUUGGAGCUGGUUUUAUUAAAGACUCACGAUUAUAAAAACUUAGCGAUUAUUGUUAUAAACUGAUUUGUGAGAGAAACAAGUCGUCGAAGCUGCAUGGUUUUCAUUUCUCGCUCAGUUUUUUUUCCCCUACUUCCUUCACCUCGUGUGGCUCUUCUUAAAAGCUCAGUGGUUAAUAUUUCAUCAUCGACAACAUGUCCCUUUUAAAAGGUAUUGAUUUGCUUUUUAUAUAUAUAAUUUGAUUAGAUUUCUUUCUGUUUACACUGGAACUUAAAUUUGUGCAAUAAGAGAACAGAUCAUGCAAAUGCUAAGAAUUUGCACUGUAAUGUACGAUGUGUAAUUGUGCUUAAUUUAUUAAAUGUUAAUUAUGACUCAUUGUCAUGGUGAACUGAUUGAGAGAAGAUCUGGAAAGAGAACGGUACUUUAUGUACUCACGCAAAGGGAAAUGGAAGAGAAACAAUGCUGUUUUUUUUUGUAUGUUCGUUUGUUUUGCCUCUGUCCUGAUCCCUGCUAUUCAAUAAAGACAGAACUAAAACA